AUGACACAAGAAAUAAAUCAGACAGGCAGUAUAGAAGAAACCCACCUUAUUAAAGCAAGCAAGAGAAGAAUCCCACAGAAAUGCAGAAAAACAGAGGAUAUAGAUAUCCCAUCAGACAACGAAGAGGAAGGACUACAAUUUAAUCCAAAUAAAAAAGUACUAAGAGCUAAAAGAAGAAGUGAAAAAGAGCCUGCAGCAAAAGUGAAUUUAACUGGGUGUGUAGGACCAAAUUACACACUGGCUGAGAAGCUAGAUAGUCUUAACUACUCAUUUAUUCGGUCUGUGACUUUGGCGUACGAGAAGGAUAGUGCAUAUAACUUCUCAAGUAUUGCAAUACAAUACGCAAAGUACAGGAAAGAAAUAGUUGAAAGAGAAGAGGCAAGAAAUAAAAGCCUGUUAAAUAGAGCACAGGAACAGGAUCCAGUAGAUAUUCCAAAGGCAGAUAUAGAACAGAGCAUUAAAGUAGAGCCAGUAAUUGACCAGAGUCAGAUGAAACAAACAGAGCCAAUUCUGGAACAAAACAAAGCAAUUGAAACAGUCACCUUAGACAAGCAGAAAGAAGAGAAGAAGGCUAAUUUAGGCAUACUUCAGACAGAAGAAAAACAAGAGGAAAUGAUCACUCCACAGGAACCUGCCAUUAAAUCAGAAAGUAUGUCUGAUUCCUCCAAGAAGGAAGCCCAGAUAGAAGAAUCUCAUACGAUAAAGUCAGCAGAUGAAGAAACAGCCAAAAAGGAAAUCCCAGAAGACAUUCCGCAAUUAUAUGAAGAACAUUCAAAUAGAUUGGUGCCUGCUAGACUAGAGCAAGACUGUGCUGACUCAGCUAUACCAAGAUGA